ACAACAAAAAACUAUAUAUACUGCGAAAAGAUGUUUGUACAUAAGUUCGUAAACAAUCAUUGAAGCAUUACCUAGCAACUAAUCUCAAUACAUCUGCAUGAAAAACAUUUUAUUUUAUAAUUCUCACCUUACUGCACCAAAGAGGUUUUAGAUCAAUUGAAAAAAGAUCAACAUGAAGUAUAGUUUAGUCUUUCUCCUGGUGAUAAUCUGUGCAUUUAUUUACACUGGUUAUGCGGAUUUACAAAGUGAAAUAAAACAAGAAUGCAUCAAACCAGAUUUUACCAUACAGACUAAAACAGCUAUAACAUUGCUUGGUAAAAAGUUAAACAUGCCUAUAGGUCGUACGCAUAUCCGAGUACAAGUACUUCCCUUUGAAACUAUUAGAAAAGAAGUUUGUGACAAAUACCCUAAAAAUGGAUGUCCUAUCAAGUUAAAGGCCUGGAAAGAGACUAUGGAAAACUUAAGAGAUGACUUACAUACGAUUGAUACAAAAUGGUUCCGCAGAAGCGCCCGAAACGCCGUUCCGCAAUACGCAAGAGCCAACACUGGAAACAAAAAAAUGGUCACUGCUAGUUUAAAAGCUGUAAUAGAGUCGCAAGGUCCGUGUGAAAAGAGUUUAGCCGAAAAAAUUGGAAAUUUGCUAAAAUACAUGAAUAGUGCCACUGCUAAUAUACGUCCUGGUUAUGCUACGGUAAGUCGUCGUAUUGGCGAGAGGGUGGAUCCAUUAUUAAUGACAGAAGUUACUACCGGAAACGUUAUCGAAAGUAAGUUGACGCCGCAUUCAAAGCACUUAAAAGAAACGUGGCAUAACGAUUUUAUGCGGAAUAGUGGAUCCAUUCUUACCUCUGAUAAUGAAAGAUUGAGGUGA